AUGGCCUACUUUCACAGGGGGAUGAAAGUCGAAGUUUGCAGCAAACAAGAAGGGUUUGUGGGUUCGUACUACGAAGGGACAGUGGUUGCAGAAUAUCGGAUCAACAACUCAUACGCAAUCUGUUACAGGAACCUCUUAACCGAAGAUGAAUCUCAUGCACUGAUUGAGGUUGUGGGUGCAGACGAGCUGAGGCCGGCGCCACCCAAAGUUAAUAUGGCAAAAGAUGAUCAGUUUGUUCCAUUCGAGGAGGCUGAUGCGUUUGACAACGAUGGUUGGUGGGUGGGAAAGAUUAGUGGCAGGAAAGGAGCAUCAAAGUACAAUGUCUUCUUUGAUGUUUAUGGGGUUGAGAUUUUGUAUCCAUCUUCUCAGUUGAGGCCUCAUCUCGAAUGGAUCGGUGGGCAGUGGGUCUCAGCUUCUCUAUCUAGGAAAAGGGUGUUUUGA